GAGAUCUCCUGUAUUUGAGGCAGAUGGAUCUGUUGGCAUCAGACAAAGUGAACGUGCAAAAGUGUCGGUGGCUGGCUUCAAUAUCCACUCAGCGCAGAUGUGGGCUGCUGAAAAUUUAAAGGUUUCCACCUCAGUGGGACGGUGACAGAGCCAGCGACUGCGACAGAACCAGAGAUGACCUACAAGGUGGCCAUCAGCUUCGACCGCUGCAAAAUCACAUCAGUGACAUGUGGCUGCGGGAACAAAGACAUUUUUUACUGCGCCCACGUCGUGGCGCUUUCACUGUACAGGAUCCGCAAGCCGGACCAGGUCAAACUCCGUCUUCCCAUCUCAGAGACCCUUUUCCAGAUGAACAGGGACCAGCUCCAGAAGUUUGUUCAGUAUUUGAUCACAGCACACCACACUGAGGUGUUGCCCACUGCCCAGAAGUUGGCUGAUGAGAUCCUGUCCUCCAACUCGGAAAUCAACCAAGUGCACGGCGCUCCUGACCCUACUGCUGGGGCCAGCAUUGACGAUGAGAACUGCUGGCACCUGGAUGAAGAGCAGGUCCGAGAACAGGUGAAGCUGUUCCUAUCUCAGGGAGGGUACUACGGCUCGGGGAAACAGCUCAACUCCAUGUUCGCCAAGGUCCGGGAGAUGCUGCGCAUGAGGGACUCCAACGGGGCCAGGAUGCUGACACUGAUAACGGAGCAGUUCAUGGCCGACCCUCGGCUCUCCCUCUGGAGGCAGCAGGGGACGGGCAUAACAGAGAAAUGUCGGCAGCUCUGGGAUGAGCUGGGGGCACUGUGGGUGUGUGUCGUGCUGAACCCUCACUGCAAGCUGGAAGAGAAGUCCUCCUGGCUUCGGCAGCUGCGCAAGUGGGGCGAGAUGGACGUGUGUCCCCUCGAAGAUGGCAAUUAUGGCAACGAGCUUCCCAACAUCACCAAUGCGCUCACGCAGAGCUCCAGCCACAGCCAAGACUCACUGGCCAGGCCCAGACGAACCGUGUUCACCCGUGCCAUUGAGGGCUGUGACCUGCACUGGCAGGACAGCCACCUGCAGCGCAUCAUCAGCAGUGAUUUCUACGUGUCCCCUGCCUACCAGCGGGAAGGCGAGAGUCUGCUCUUCAACUCCCAGGGGCAGCCGCUGUGGCUCGAACACGUCCCGACAGCCUGCGCUCGGGUGGAUGCCCUGCGCUCCCAUGGCUAUCCCCGGGAGGCCCUGCGCUUAACCGUUGCCAUCAUCAACACCCUGCGACUGCAGCAGCAGAGGCAGCUGGAAAUUUACAAGCAUCAGAAGAAAGAGCUGCUGCAGCGAGGUGCAACAACCAUCACCAACCUGGAGGGCUGGGUAGGCCACCCUCUGAACCCCAUCGGCUGCCUCUUUCUCACACUGACCGAAGCUUGUAGAUUAGAAGAGGAAAAUUGCCUUGAAAUCUCAGACACCGGGGACACCAAACCCCCUGUCUACCAACAUGUGCCCGUCACAACCGGCAGCCAAGACAGCGGCGAGUCCUACCUGUCCCUGGCCUUGGAGGUGGCUCUGAUGGGGAUGGGCCAGCAGAGAGUGAUGCCUGAAGGCCUCUAUGCCCAGGACAAGGUGUGCCGCAACGAGGAGCAGAUCAUAGCCCGUCUGCAGGACCUGGAGCUGGACCCAGUGCUGGUGCAGACCCUGAGGAAGCAGUGCAUCCUGCUGCUGGAAGGUGGCCCCUUCAGCGGCUUGGGAGAAGUGAUCCACCGUGAGAGUGUCCCUAUGCACACCUUUGCCAAAUACCUGUUCUCUGCCCUGCUGCCCCAUGAUGCUGACCUAGCGUACAAGCUGGCUUUGCGGGCCAUGAGGUUGCCAGUGCUGGAAACCACAGCACCGUCUGGUGAUGUGACUCACCCCCACCACCUGGUGUCGGUGGUCCCCAGCAGGUACCCGCGCUGGUUCACCCUGGGGCAUCUGGAGUCACAGCAGUGCGAGCUGGCAUCUACCAUGCUCACGGCGGCCAAAGGAGACAUGCUACGUCUGCGCACAGUGCUGGAAGCCAUCCAGAAGAACAUCCACUCCUCCUCCUUGAUCUUCAAGCUGGCCCAGGACGCAUUCAAGAUUGCCACACCAGCCGACAGCAACUCAGACACAACACUCCUCAACGUUGCGCUGGAGCUGGGGCUCCAGGUGAUGCGCAUGACCCUGUCCACCCUCAACUGGCGGCGGCGGGAGAUGGUGAGGUGGCUGGUGACAUGCGCUACGGAAGUGGGAGUGAGAGCUCUGGUGAGCAUCCUGCAGAGCUGGUACUCGCUGUUCACCCCCACGGAAGCCACCAGCAUCGUGGCAGCCACAGUGAUGUCCCACAACACCAUCCUGCGCCUGAGCCUGGACUACCCGCAGCGGGAGGAGCUGGCCAGCUGUGCCCGCACCCUGGCCCUGCAGUGUGCCAUGAAGGACCCGCAGAACUGCGCCCUGUCUGCCCUCACCCUCUGUGAGAAGGACCACAUUGCCUUCGAGACCGCCUACCAGAUCGUCAUCGACGCCGCCUCCACUGGCAUGACCUACACCCAGCUCUUCACCAUCGCCCGCUACAUGGAGCACCGAGGCUACCCGUUGCGGGCCUUCAAGCUGGCCUCGCUGGCCAUGACGCACCUCAACCUGGCCUACAACCAGGACACGCACCCGGCCAUCAACGACGUGCUCUGGGCCUGCGCCUUGAGCCACUCCCUGGGCAAAAACGAGCUGGCGGCCAUCAUCCCACUGGUGGUGAAGAGCGUGCACUGUGCCACGGUGCUGUCGGACAUCCUCCGCCGCUGCACCAUGACGGCCCCAGGGCUGGCCGGCAUCCCCGGCCGCAGGAACUCGGGGAAGCUGAUGUCCACCGACAAAGCACCCCUGCGGCAGCUGCUGGACGCCACGAUAAGCGCCUACAUCAACACCACCCACUCGCGGCUCACCCACAUCAGCCCGCGGCACUACGGGGAGUUCAUCGAGUUCCUCAGCAAGGCCAGGGAGACCUUCCUCCUGGCGCAGGACGGGCACAUACAGUUCGCCCAGUUCAUUGACAAUCUCAAACAAAUCUACAAAGGCAAGAAAAAACUGAUGCUGCUGGUGCGGGAGCGGUUUGGGUGAGCCAGUGGCUUGGGCAGGGUCCGGCCGCAGCACGGGGACUCGGGAGAGAAGAAGGAAGGAGAGCGGAGAAGACCUUCCCCCCCAUCGGCAGAGGCUGCUCCGUUCCGUUCUUCUGUUUCUUUUUUAUUUUUUAUUUUUUUUAAUGUUAUUUUCUUUCUCGGAUUUAACCAUUUCACAUGCUGAGAGGAUCCAGAGAUUCUUUGGGCACAAACCAAAAGGCAACCACAGGAAAAAGGAUGGUUUGCUCAGCCCCUGCCCUCCCUUGCCAAUACCAAAAGCUAACCUGGAAAUCUAAUACCUCUUUCCUGAAGGAAGUGGUCGCUGGAGGGAUCGGAAGGUUGCAAAGUGCAAAAAUCUUUAUAAUUAUGUUGGGGGAAAAAAAUGAAAAAAAAAAAGGAAGGGGGAAAAAAAAAGAAAGAAAAGAAAGAAAGAGGGAAAGAAAAUGAAAGAGAAGGAAGAAAGAGACAAAGAGCAAAGGAACCUGCAACACUAGAACCUCAUGCGUCACCAAAAGCGAUGGCUUUGCUAGAGCGCUUCUCCCGCCCGCCCGAGACAUGCAAACUCCUCUAUUUGUGAAGAUACUUCAAUAAAAACAAGUUAAAGUAACUGUUCUCAGGGAUUGCUUACUAAAAGUAACACA